UUGUGGACAGUCACAUGUUGCGUCACUGUUUAGGGGCACUGGAGGCCUAGUUGAGCGGUUAUGUAUGCCUGACUAUGUCUCCACCCCAUGUCCUACUCUAAUCAUAAGUGGGGAAUGGGCUCCAUUUCAGCCCCACUGUGAUAAUGGCAUCUCUCGACCACAUCUUGGUUCUUUGUGUGGGUCUCCUUGCGAUGACUAGUGCAGAAGCUCCACAGGAACAUGACCCAUUCACCUACGACUAUCAUUCGCUGCGGAUUGGAGGCCUUAUCAUCGCCGGGAUUCUCUUUAUUUUGGGAAUUCUCAUCAUUCUCAGCAGAAGGUGCCGGUGCAAAUUCAACCAGCAGCAGAGGACUGGGGAACCUGAUGAAGAGGAGGGAACUUUCCGCAGCUCCAUCCGCCGUCUGUCCACCCGCAGGCGGUAGAAACACCUGGCGCGAUGGAACCCAGCAGCGCCCCACAGCUCUGAGCAGGCUGGGGAAGGGAGGGGAGAAGAGGAGGGGUCGAGGGCUGGGGUAGGAGGGCUGGGCGGCUCUCCUGCCUCUCAUCCUUUCCACCCUCACAGGAUUCCCCUGGCGCCUGACGCCUCCCACCCGCCACCCGCGCACCCGCUUCCCCAGCCCAGUCCCCACCGACCCCUCUCUGCCUCCCAAACUUCAAUAAAACGCGCUUUCCUCUCCUGACA